AUGAAAGCUCCAUCACGAUCAGAAUGGACGUAUGAAGACAUUCUGAACCAAGGGAACAACUGGUUGAAACACCUGAUCACGGUGGAUAAGGACACAUCCGUACACGCGAAGGCGAAUGGGAAACAAGAGUACUCACCGACCAUUGUUAAAAGAGGGGCGACUGUUUCAGCGGCGGAAGACUUUCCUAUAGAGGCCUCGAAAGGCUGUCCCAUUUUGACUUGGCGCCGACAUGGAGGGCAUAAUUGUCGCUUAUAUGCUACAACGAACGACUUUCAAAGUCAGUACAGGGAAAAGCAGGUUCUGAAUCAAGCUACAGAAAUUGUUCUCGGUUUCCAUCGGAUGGUGCAUAUGGACUACAUGCCCCAAUUUAUUAGUUAG